CCCCGCGUUCUCUGAGGAAGUUGGCCGGCGCGGCGGAUGCGGCGGCCCCGGCCCCCCGGGCGUCCCCGCCGCGCGUCCUGUCCCGGCGCCUUCCGCGCCCCGGCACCUGUGCGUCCUCCCGCCGCCAGCCCCGGCUCUGCCAGAAGGCCAGUGACCACCAGCCUGGGGCCUGAUCAUGAAGCUGAUCCUGCUGUGCUGGCCCCUGCCCUGCCUCCUGCUGCUGUUUUCCUGGUCCCUGGCCACCCCAGCAUCCACGGCCCCUUGGCAGUGCCCACCGGGGGAGGAGCCCAACCUGGACUCGGAGCUGGGCACACUCUGCAGGUCCUGCCCCCUGGGUACCUUUUCUGCCUCUUGGGGCUCCAGCCCAUGCCAGUCCCAUAACCGCUGCAGCCUUCGAAGGAGGCUGGAGGUCCAGGCGGGCACGGCCACUCAGGAUGCACUCUGUGGAGGCUGUCAGCCAGGGUGGUUUGGGCCCUGGGGGGUCCCCCGCGUUCCAUGCCAGCCGUGUUCCUGGGCACCUCUGGGCACUCGAGGCUGCCAUGAGAGGGGGCGGCGGGCCCGGCGCGGCGUGGAGGCGGCUGCCGGGGCCAGUGGAGCAGGCGAGACGCGGCAGCCUGGAAACAGCACGCGGGCGGGCGGCCCCGAGGAGACAGCCGCGCAGUACGCCGUGAUCGCCAUUGUGCCCAUCUUCUGCCUCAUGGGGCUGCUGGGCAUCCUGGUGUGCAACCUGCUCAAGAGGAAGGGCUACCACUGCACUGCCCACAAGGAGGCCGGACCCUCUGGAGGCACAGGCAAUGGUGAGGCAUACUCCGGGGUGGGAGGGGCCAACCCUGCCUACCGGACCGAGGAUGCCAACGAGGACACCAUUGGGGUCCUGGUGCGCCUCAUUACAGAGAAGAAAGAGAAUGCAGCGGCCCUGGAGGAACUGCUCAAGGAGCACCACAGCAGGCAGCUGGUGCAGACGGGCAGGCCCGGACCCAGGCUGCCCCCGGCUGCACCCAGCACGCCGCACAUGUGCCCACACCGCCACCACCUGCACACGGUGCAGGGCCUGGCCUCGCUCUAUGGCCCAUGCUGCUCCCGAUGCAGCCAGAAGAAGUGGCCUGAGGUGCUGCUGUCCCCAGAGGCCGCAGCUGCCUCCACACCUGCCCCCAGCCUCCUGCCCAAUCCUGUGAGGACGCCCAAGGCCGGGGCCAAGGCGGGACGCCAGGGCGAGAUCACCAUCUUGUCUGUGGGCAGGUUCCGCGUGGCUCGGAUUCCAGAGCAGCGUAGCAGUGUGUUGGCAUCUGAGGUGAAGACCAUCGCGGAGGCCGGGCCUUCGCCGAGCGAGCCACCCGACUCCCCACAGCCUGGCCUCCCUGCUGAGCAGCGGGCGCUGCUGGGAAGUGGUGGAAGCCACACGAAAUGGUUAAAGGUCCCAGCCGAGAGCAAGGCUGAGGAGAACCGCUACGUGGUCCGGCUGAGUGAGAGCAACCUGGUGAUCUGAGGGCUGGCUGCUGCAAAGACACUGCGGCCCCGCCCCAGGAGGCGCUGCUGGCUUCCUGGAGGAGGAAGAGCCGUGGCUGGGAGGACAAGGAGCAGCGGCCCAGCACAGUAGGCAGCAGAGGUUGAGGGCUGCAGGUGGGCCCAUUUGCCCCAGCCAGGCCGUGGGCAGGCCACAGGGCAUGGUGUGCAGGAGUAGAGUGAGCCCGCCCCGUCCCUGCUGCCCCGCACCUGCCCUGCAGAUCUUGGGAGCCCUCAGGGUUCUUCUGUAGCACCAGGGGCCAGGCUUGGCAGAGGAGGGCCAAAGCCUGGGGCCUCCUACCCUUGCCCAGGGCUCUGGAGCAGCUGGGUCUUCCCCCUCCUCUUCCAGCAGGGCCUGUGAGGGGAAGGGGCUAUUGAAAGUCCUUGGCCGGGAGGCUGAGGGCCUGGAUUCUCAUCCUGGGCGUGACCGCCUGGUCCCAGUGUUUCUACCAGGAAAGCAAGGAGAGCAUCUCGGGGGCCUGGACCUGCACCAGCUCCUGGAGGGCCACUGGCCAGGCCAAGCCUGGCUGGGCCAGGUGGUGAGAGAGUUCAGCCCUGCCUGUCGUCCUGUUAGUAGCUUUACUCGGCCCUGUCACUGCUGCCUUCAGGGUCUCCACUUGCAGUGCCCCCAGGGGCUGCACAUCCACGGUUCUGCUUAACGCAUGUGCCUGCGUUUCCCUGUCAAAAACCCCUGCUGUUUCCUGUCGGAUUCAAGAACAGACCUGGACAGGCCCACCCUGCAAGGUGUCAGGCGCUGCGGGGCGAGGAGAGUCAGUGGGGCUGGCGGUGUCCGCCUCCCUGUCCCCCAGCCCCGGGCAGCGUGGCGAGUCCACGUCCUGUCUCCACGCUGGCACAGCAGCCUCUGUAUUUAUGUGGGGCCCCGCAGGCGUGGGCC